UGUACAGCCACGGCACGAGGAGAUUAGUUUUGGUUAGUGUGGCCUCCCUCGGCUCCACACAUCCAGCGGUGGACCGACCAAUAAUCUCCCGGAUUCUCCCCGUGCGCCGGAUAGCCCCCCUCCCCGCCUCCGCCGCUAUGGCCGCCGCCGCUCGCUGCCUCCCGCUGGGGGCGUCCCCGCUGGGGCCGGCUUCACCGGACAUCGCCAAGGUCCCCGCUUCCAUCCCCUCCUCCUCCUACGCCGCCGCCGCCGUCUGUCCUCCUCUCCGCGCCGCCGUCGCACCGAGUUCCGGCCGAAGGCUCCAGUCGCCGCCGCUCCGGUGCUCUUCAUCCUUGUCAGAAACUCCCGCCGCACCGGAGCUCGCCGUGCUUCUGGAGGUGGAAGGGAAAUCUCGUGGUGAUGAGGAAAGGAUGCUGGUAUUAUUCUUUGACAGGAUUGGCUGGCCUACAUCUUUGCCUACUAGUGAGAAAGGAUCAUUUAUAAAAAGUGUUCUUCGUGAAAAGUUGAAAGCUUUGGAAGAGUUCUCAGCUUCUGAUAGCUUACCGCUGCGGCCUGGAGUUGAAAAGUUCAUUGAUGAUGCAAUUAGUGAGGGUGUCCCUGUGUCCAUAUUGGCAACAUAUGGGAGGAAUGGAGAAAAGGUUUCAAGAUUUAUAAUUGACAAGUUAGGCCCUGAGAGAACAUCAAAAAUUAAGAUUGUUGGAAAAGAAGAGGUCCAAGUAAGCUUAUAUGGGCAGCUUGUUCUUGGCAAAGGAGUCGCAUCUAGUUUGGAUGAGCAACUUGUCAGGGAAGCCCAAAAGGCUGCUUCCGCAGAGAAGCAGAGGAUAGCAGAAGAGGUUGCAUCCAUCCUAAAACUUAGCGUUGACAUCAAAGCAUCUGAAAGCUCCGAGAAGGUAAUAACAACACUGAGAGCCGGAUCUGAAUACGUUGGACGUGACGUGCAAAACUGCAUUCUUGUUGCUGGUAGCCAAUCCGGCGUCCUUGCAGCUGAGCGCAUUGGCAUGCCAUGCGUGGUUGUUCGAAGCAGCUUUACUGCCAGAGCGGAAUUUCCCUCUGCGAAAGCUGUCACGGAUGGAUUUGGCGGCACAGACUUAACCAUAUCAAAACUACUGAGCAAGAAGUGGGCUUAAUAACGUAUCAACUAUAAGAGUAGGGAUUGGAUUGGGGACUGUUAUGAAUUUGUAAUCUGUCGACUGAGCGCUGACCAAAAUGAGGUUUUAUGUAAACAUGAGCAUGUUGGAGAAAGAACCAUGAGAAACAAAAACAUCUUUGGGCUGUUUUUUUUCUUUUCCUUCAUAAUUGAGCCAUCACUAGAAUAAGGCAAUUCAAAUGUUCAGUACAUUGUCAGA